UAAAUCCAGAGAUUUCCUUACAUAAAUAUAGGAUGAUGGAUGAAAGUUAAACCAUCUCCACCAGCAAUCCUCAAAAAUCACAAAUGGGAAGAGGGAUUUGCCUGAAAAUCAUGGGUAGUUGGGAACAUCAACUCUUUCAGCUCACCAACUCAUCUUCAUAUGUAUAGUAUGCCACUUUCCUAUUUCUAUUACUCCUCCACCACAAGUUUGGUCUGUUGCAAGACAAUAUAUAUAUACACAUCAUAAGACAAAACAACAGUAGAAUACACACACCCACACCCACACACACACACAUAUAUAUAAAGAGCUGAUCAGAAAGUGUCAAAGAAGAGGGAAAAAUCAUGAGAGAUAUCAUCAUAGCAGAAAAUGAGAAAAACCCCAGAGUUUGUGUUCUUGAUGCUUCCACUUACGUGGGAUUCUGUCUGGUCAAGAAGCUAUUGAUCAGAGGGUAUAAUGUCCACGCAGCUGUCGGAAAAAAUGGAGAGAAAGAGAUAGUGAAGAAAUUAGCAGGGUUAGAGAGAACAGAAAACGGCAGGCUGACGAUGUUUACUGUGGAUGUAUUGGACUACCACAGCAUUCUCGAGGCUUUGAGGUUGUGUUGUGGUUUGUUUUGCUGCCUGGACAGCCCGGAAAAGUACGAUGGAAAAAUGGUGGAUUCAGAGGUUAGAGGGACGAUCAAUUUGUUGGAGGGUUGUGCUCAGACACAAAGUAUACACAAAAUUGUGUUCACUUCAUCUCUCACUGCUGCUGUCUGGACCCAAAACAUUUGUUCCCAAAAGGAUGUUGACGAGAGGUCCUGGAGUGAUCCUGACUUUUGCACCAAAUUCAAGUUGUGGUAUGCCUUGGCAAAGACACUGUCUGAGAAGGCCGCUUGGGCGUUGGCCAUCGAUCGAACGCUUAACAUGGUAUGCAUCAAUCCAGGACUUGUUACCGGCCCUGACGUUGCUCGUCUCAAUCCCCAACAAACCUUGUCCUAUCUUCAAGGGGCAGAGCAAAUGUACGUGAAUGGGGUACUGGCUACCGUUGAUAUAAAUUUUCUAGCUGAUGUCCAUAUUCGAGCUUUUGAAGAUAGUUCAACCAGUGGGAGAUAUUUCUGUUUUGAUCAAAUCGUCAAUUCAGAAGCUGAAGCAGUGAAACUGGCGAAAUGCUUGAGCCCUUUAAUUUCCAUACCAUCUAGGUAUGAGGGGCAAGAGAGUGAAGUACAUGGUGAGAGAUUGAGGAACAAGAAACUCAGCAACCUCAUUGCCUGUUGAGAUUAUUGUAAUAAUCUUCUUUAAUUACUCAAUUAUGUAAAUGUCCUAAAACAAAAUUUGGGUUUAGGUUAGUUUUGUACCCCCAUUUCACCCUACUUGUCUCUUUUGUUUUUUUUUAAAAAAAAAAUUAAAAUUAAAUAAAAUUCGAUCAAAUUGAUCAGUA